AGUGACUAUAGCAGUCUUAUAGACCACCCGCCAUCAUGUCGGGUCGCGCGCAUGCCACGGCUUUCCCUUGGUCCAGCUUGGAGUAGGGAGGUAUCCGGAGCAACGACGUCAGAAGAUAUUGGCAUAGACUACUCGGAUGGCAACUCGACCAGUUCCCGCACACGGCCACAUUUCGCAAAAUCUUCGCCUGAGGAGACUAGUCCAACAAGUGCUAGUAGUACUGACCCAGUGGAGACAGGCAGGAAGAAAGAGCGGCAUCAACACGGGA